AUGCAUAAUAAUAAUCCAUUCCUCGUCGUCCUUUUCGUCGCCGCAUCCUUCUACCGCGGCUCAGACGCUGCUGCGAGUUUCUGCGUGGGUGAUCUGACACGUCAGCCGACGCCUUCCGGGUACCCGUGCAAGAACCCGGAAAACGUCACCGUCGACGACUUCGUGUUCACGGAGUUUGUGAAAAGAGUCAACACCUCGAAUGCCAACAAGGCAUCCAUCGUUCGAGCCAACUCGACGACGUUUCCGGCCUUCCCGGGCCUGAACGGGCUGGGCCUGGCUGUAGCCCGGGCCGACAUCGAGCCCGGUGGCGCGAUCCCGCUCCACAGCCACCCGGCAGCCACGGAGAUGAUCUACGUGGCGGAAGGCUCCAUCACGGCCGGUUUCAUCUCCGGGGCGUCCAACGUGGUGUACGUUAAGAAGCUGAAUAAGGGCGAAGUCAUGGUUUUCCCGCGAGGGCUUUUCCAUUUUCAGGUGAACACGGGGAAAGAGCACGCCGUGGGGAUCGCGAGUUUUAGUGACUCAGAGCCUGGGGUUCAGCUGGUGAGCUUGGCGAUCUUUGGCAACGAUUUUCCGUCGUUUUUGGUGGAGAAGACGACGAGUAUUGAUGAAGCUGAGGUGAAGAAGCUCAAAGCUCUGCUUGGCGGUUCUGGCUAA